ACAACAAAACCGCGCUUGGUAUAAAAACUCAAACGGAAGCGUGUCGCCUUCGAUUCGGCUGCAUCAGAUAAACACGCAACUUAUGUGGUGAAUCAGUAACAUCAGCUACACGACGACCGCAACGACGAAAGAGUGUGAAAAUGUCUGCAAGGACCUCAGCAAAGUACGUGAAGGAAAAGGACCGUAGUCGUCGACGACUGGAACAUCUUUGGCUGCAGCCUUAUGUUGUGUUGCGCAGAGCAGACAUCAGUGAAGCUAUUUGUCCGAAGCAGCCGGAGCGCACUUGCAUUAAAGAGGAAGAUGUGGGCAAAGAGGUCCAUCACUUCAAUGAACAAAUGGAGCAGAAGUUUCUUUGCAUCAUAAAAGAGGAGGAAGAGCCGGAGCGGCCUUGUAGUAAAGAGGAGGCUGAGAAGUCCUGCGACAUUAAAGAGGAGGAGGAUACCUGCAAGAUGCCAUUGACUGGUGUUCCUGUGAAGAGUUUAGAUGAGGGUCAACAUGAGGUGAGCAAAGUGGCGGAGCCUCUAAGUUGCAGCUCAAGUCAACCAAUGACCAGAGAAGGUGAUGGAGACCACUGUGGAGGAUCACAAGCAGCUCCACCAUCAGAUAGUGAUGACGUGUCGUCACAUGUUCCUGCUGCUGCUGCUGAUGAUGAGUCUCAAAACAAACACAGGCAAUGUUCUCACUGUGGGAAAUGUGCUAAUAACAGUGUUUUGAAACAACACAUGAAAAUGCACACAAGAGAGAAAAACUUUUCCUGCUCAGUUUGUGGCCAAAAAUUCGGUCAGAUGGGACAUUUAAAUGAGCACACAAGAAUCCACACUGGUGAGAAACCUUUUUCAUGCUCAGUUUGUGGCCAAAAAUUCAAUCGCAAGCAAAACAUAAAAAGGCACACAAGAACCCACACUGGCGAGAAACCUUUUUCCUGCUCAGUUUGUGGACAAAAAUUCUCUCGGGAGGCAAGUCUAACAUUUCAUACAAGAACCCACACUGGCGAGAAACCUUUUUCAUGCUCAGUUUGUGGCCAAAAAUUCUCUUACAUGGGUAACUUGAAAACUCAUACAAGAAGUCACACUGGUGAGAAACCUUUUUCAUGCUCAGUUUGUGGCCAAAAAUUCAGUCAAAAGCAAAACUUAAAAAGGCACACAAGAACCCACACUGGCGAGAAACCUUUUUCCUGCUCAGUUUGUGGCCAAAAAUUCUCUCAUAAGGUAAGCUUAAUCAAACACACAGUAGCCCACACCUAACUCUGUUGCCUGCUCAAUCACUUGCCAAAGAGUCUCUAUUGAGAAUUCCGAGUGUGUUGGGGAGAUGAUCAAUGAUCCGUGAAGGUUUCACCUUAUUUUUAAGCAGGCUUCACGAG